GUUCAGUCGGCGCCGCGCCCUGACAGACGGGGCUGGGCGGGCCGGGGGGGCCGCGCCGCUGUCGCCAUUUCAGCCCCUCAGCGGGCUGCCAGCGCUCCGACGGAGGUAGGAUUCCUUACACUUGAAUUUGAAGAUGCCGCUCUUUGGGAAUAUUAUUGUAAUUAAACGGAAUGGGACUGAUGGAAUUACUUUUCCACUCACUGCAAGUUCUUGUUUAUUUGGAAGGAGAACAGAAUGUGAUAUUCGCAUCCAGUUGCCUCAGGUCUCGAAAGAACAUUGUAAAAUUGAAGUAAAUGAAAACAAGGAGGCAAUAUUGACUAAUUUAAGUACAGUAAACCCUACGCAGCUGAAUGGUGGCUGUUUUCAGCAGCCUGUACCUCUGAAGCAUGGCGAUGUGUUAACUAUUAUUGAUCGUUCUUUCAGAUUUGAAUAUCCUCUGCAAUCAACUCCAAGAAAGAGGCGUUCUAGGUCUCCAAAAGAUGAAACACUGCAGGUGGCAGAAGUGGAAUCAUUACACCAACAAACUUCAGGACCUAAAAGUCUUUGUGCUUCAGAUAAUGCUGAGUGUGAAGAAAAAAAUGCCAAUGAAAAUAAACAAAGUACAGAGGAAAAUAUUUCCAAAGCUUUACCCAUCAGACUACAAACACCCAAAUCUUCACACAGAAUACAUCAAUCUAGUAAAAAACAAAGUGAAAUGUCUCCCUUUAGUAAACUCUAUGAAAAAAUGAAAAAAGAGAUGAAAGUGAAAAAAUCUCUGCAAGAGGGAAAUGUAUCUGAACAACCUGCAAAAGAAGAUGGUAAGAGUGUUCUGCUAGAACCAAGUGCUCAAAUUAAAUCAUGGAGUUGUGUUAAUGAUUUGGGAAGCCUGACUAAAGAAAAAGAAAUAGGCAGAAGUGAAAAUAUUGAAGAAUGUAAUAUAAAAAUGAAGCAAGAAGCAAUCGGUUUAGAAUGUAACCAGAUCUCAGCUGUAGGAAGUGCAACCAAGAAGAGUUCUACCAGAAGUCCUCGAACUUCUCUUUCAAAGGAGGGGUCAAGAGAUAUUGGUAGAAGUCGUCACUCACAGGAUCACAAGGAACUAAGAACAGCAGACGAAUCUAAAGCUAUUGAAGUUACAACCAAACCCAGCAAGGAUAAUAAUGGAAAUGCAGCAUUUUCAGUGAAGCAGUGCUCUAUAGAAAGGUUGGAUUAUGCAGAUAAAACUAAAAUACACAGCUCUGCAAUACCGUUAAAUGAACUAGUACAAACAACUAACAUGACAAAUGUUUCUGAAGUAGAUAAAUAUGUUCUGUCAGCGCCCAGAAGGAAGAGUCCUCGGUCUCAUUUCAUAUCACCUACCAAAGAAAUUAGUGGAAUGAAUCCUGUAAAUACCGGUACUCCAACAACUCAACCAUGCGUGUUGUUGAAGCGCAAGUCUUUUUCAGAAAUUUCAGCUGAAACUCAAAGGGAAGAUUCAGUGUGCAGAAACGAUAGCCUAAACCAACUGCCUUUGGCAGAAAAUAAAUGCUUAAAACAAAGACGAAAUAGUAAACAACAUACACCAGGAAAACCUGUAAAAGAAGAAGUGCUGAAAGAAAUUUGUGAUCAGGCAAACUUUGGUAACUCAAAAGAGGGACUCUCUGGAACUCCUGCCUCCUCUAAUUCCAAGAGUCCCAGAAGAAAUAACAGGCAAAGUAAAGAAUUCUCAAACAAAAGUGUCCGUUCAGAGACACUGGCUUCAGAAAAGUUAACAUCAGAACUGGCAUCUCCUGCUAGUCGUAAAUCUGAGUCUGGAAGAAAAAGAUGUGGGCCAAGGACCUCUGGACUGCUAACCGAAAAAGCUUCGGAGACAAAUGCCAUUCAAGAACAUCACGAAAAGACUACAGACAGAAAAAAUAGCGAAACUGAAGAAGAGCUGGCCACGAAGGGGAAUCGUCAGAAACAAGAUUUAGAAGAUGCCAGUGUUAUAAGGCCUCGUAGAUUGUCAUCAAAGAGGAGGUCUUCUGGAAGUGCUACUGUACUGAAAGACAAUGAGACUGUCUCGGAACUGAAUAUUUCUGGCCUGUUGGCUGGAGAAGACUCAGGCAAGACAAAAAGAGUAACUCAGAAGAGGAAAAGUGGUGAUGUGCUACUUCAGCCUGUAGGAAAAAGAAAGAGAGUGUCUUUUGGUGGUCAUCUAAGUCCAGAACUCUUUGAUAAAAGUUUGCCUCCCAACUCGCCCCUUAAAAAAGGUGCAAUUCCUGCCAGACUGAGCUUACCGUUUGGAAACUCACCUCGUGCUGUUCUGAAAAAGGCUCAGGGAUUGAAGCACUUUGCAGUCCAGGACCUUUCUGAACAUUUGCAGAAAGAAAAAAUGUCACCAAAAAAUUUGCCAGCCCAGAAGUCCCCAGUUGCCUCAUCCCCUGCCUCUGGGAAGGCCUCACCUAAAUUUACUUCAGGCUCUCCAGCACCUUACACAAAAGGACGUUUCUCUAUUUCUCACAUCAUGACACCGUUACCAAUUGCAGAAGAGAAGGAUGCUGUUGCAGAAGACAUGAAUACAAAGGAGAAAAAUGGUGCCCGAGUGAAAACACCUAAAUCUCCUCGCAUUAACCAAGAUGAGAAAACCUUUUUAACAGCCACACCUGACAAAUUAACAAGAAGUGCACAACUUGCUUUGAAGGUCACGCCCAUGAAGAGGAGAAGCGGGGCUGUAGCAGUUUUCAAUGCAAAAAGAAGAAGUGGUGCCUCUAGUGCCAAUUUACUAGUUGCAAAAUCUUGGGCAGAAGUGGUAAAAUUAGGUGUUGCAAGACCACAGUCAAAGACUGUUAAAAAAAGUGUCCAAAAAGGAAGAUCACUAAAGAAGACAACCCAAUCACCAAAGACUCCAGAAAGAAAAAUAAAAGGUCAUUUUAGUACAGGCCACGCUGAGUCACCUGCUACGAUAGUUGUAGGCAGAGCUUAUUCCACCACAGCCAGAACAGCUGGACAGGUCCCUAAAGUGGUAAAAAAUACUAUUGUGAAGCUAAACAUGAACAUGGACGAAAGCUUCACAGGAAUGACUGAAAUGUUUCAAACUCCAGAAAAUAAGCGUGGAAAAUCAUUACCUUUGUCCGCUGGUCAGAAGACUGAUUUUACACCAACAUGUACUGCAGCGGAAAUUUCUGAACUGCACACUCCUGAAGAAUCUGGAGAGAUGAUGGUGUCACCUUUAUAUGGUUCAGAUGCUUCAGAACAGAAACAAGAUAGUCCACGCAUUAGUCGCUUUCUGAGAGAGAAGGAGUCUCUAAAGUCUAUGUUUGAUGCAGUAUCCCCAAAAACUCCUGAAAAAAGAAAAGCUAUGCUGGAAGAAAAUAUUAGCGUGGAUCAUUUGUCAGUAAUUCCAGAAAAACAAGCAUGUCGGGUGAAAUCUGGAAGUAAGAGGAGUACUCCAAGGCAGAAGUCGGAGCCAGUUGAGGUCAUGUCAGGCAUCAAGCAGCUUCUAAGGACUCCAGAGCAAAGGUCAGAACUGGUAGAGGCCUUGUCAGGCAUCAAACAGCUCAUGAAGACCCCGAAGCAGAAGUCGGAGCCUGUAGAGGCCUUGUCGGGCAUCAAGCAGCUCAUGAGGACCCCGAAGCGGAAGUUGGAGCCUGUAGAGGCCUUGUCGGGCAUCAAGCAGCUCAUGAGGACCCCGAAGCAGAAGUCGGAGCCUGUAGAGGCCUUGUCGGGCAUCAAGCAGCUCCUGAGGACCCCGAAGCAGAAGUCGGAGCCUGUAGAGGCCUUGUCGGGCAUCAAGCAGCUCAUGAAGACCCCGAAGCAGAAGUCGGAGCCUGUAGAGGCCUUGUCUGGCAUCAAGCAGCUCAUGAGGACCCCGAAGCAGAAGUCAGAGCCUGUAGAGGCCUUGUCUGGCAUCAAGCAGCUCAUGAGGACCCCGAAGCAGAAGUCAGAGCCUGUAGAGGCCUUGUCUGGCAUCAAGCAGCUCAUGAGGACCCCGAAGCAGAAGCCACAGCCAGUUGAGGUCCUGUCUGGCAUCAAGCAGCUCUUGAGGACCCCGCAGCAAGAGUUGGAACCUAUUACAGAUGAAAUUGCCUUUAAAAGAUUGCUGACGACUCCAGUACAAAAGAAGGAAGCAGUGGAAGAAGUGGCAGGUGUUACUUUAAUCAAGCAAACUCCAAAGCUGAAAUAUCAACCGGUAGAAGACAUGAUUGGGGUCAGCCGUAUUUUCAGGACACCAAAGGAAAAAGUUGAACCCAUAGAAGAUAUGUUUGGUAUUAGUAGGCUAGUGAAGACUCCGAAAGAGAAGUAUCAGCCAGUUGAUGAUUUUGUGGGUCUGCAAAGGCUUAUGGCAGAACCCAGGCAGAAAUGUUCUGAUUUUGAAGUGGACUAUGCUGGAGUUACAGAAAUGUUUGAUAUACCAGAGGAAACUAAGGUCAGAUCAGUAAACAUUAUGGAUUCUAAGCAGGAAGAUACUGUACCUCCUUGUAAUAAUUCCGGUCAUAAAUUUGAAGACAAAGGAAAAAUUUCACAAGGUGAAGAUUCUCAACAGAAGGAAUCAACUAGUGAAAACCAGUCUACCCAGAGACCAACAAGGGGCAGAUCACAGAAGACAGUACAUCCCGCUUCAGCAAAGCAGCGUGAAAAGGAUUUGAAUUUAAAAGCAUUGCAAGAUCUGGAAAAAAAGAGCACGCAAGAGGAGAUGCGAGAGAUCAGUACUUCACCUUCAGUAACUAAAAAUGAAGGAAGAGGAAGGAGAACAAACCGUUGCAUACAAGAAGGAAUCGUUUCAAAGCACCCUGAUCAAGAAAAAGUUGAAACUGUUUCACUUGUGGAACCACCUGGAGCUACUCAAAGAACAAGAAGAGGUAAAAAGAAAGAACCAGAGUUGAAAUAUCCAAGUGAGAAUCUUGAGUCUUGUGGCAAAGAUUCUUCAGUGCUACAAAAAGAACUUGCAAAUAUGAAACAGACUUUGCAGGAGUACGGCAUCAAUGAUGUAUUAGAAACUGAAGAUGAUCCAACCAUAAAGACAGUAAGUGUAGCUAAUAGCAUUCAAAAUGAAAACUGUCAGCUGCAAACAGGUGUAAAAAAACCUGAAAACAAACCUAAUGAUGGUGGUGUAGAAAACAGUGAAGAAAUGCUUCUGUCACUUGGAAAGAGGUCUAGAGGAGUAAAAAAAGUAGAAAACACAGAACCACCUAUUCCACCUAAAAGAGGAAGAAGAGCUAGAAAUGACCAAGUUAAAGAAGCUUCUUCAGAGGACCUUCAUAGGACAACAAGGACGCUUCGCAAAGACCCAUCAGCAAAGAUGAUACAAAGAGAUGAACCAACUUUGGACAAAGAUACUGAGACUGCCACAGCAGGAGGAUCUGAAAAUGGAACUAAACUUGAAAUAAAGGUAACGGAGAAAAGAGUUAAGACUUUAAGAAGUGCUAGAAAGCACUCAACUGAAGUAAAACCAGACACUUGCGGGAUGGCAAAUGAAAAGAUAAAAAACAUUCAGAAAACCGAGGAAACUUCAGCUGAAACUGAUAGUGAAACACAAUCACACAUCACAAAUGAGAUUAAAGUAUCUCAGGGAAAUGAAACAGAAAAUGCUCAGGAAAAUACAACAGAGGCGUCUCAAAGAUUAAAGGCAGAGUCACCUUCUGGAGUGACAAACAGAAUGCCGGUUACUGCUCUGAACUUGGAAGCAAACAGGAAUGCAGUACAGGAAACAAAUAGAACUAGAAGCAGGGGAGGCAAAAAUGGCUCUUUGGCGAAAAAGGCUGAUGAAUUUGACAAAGAUGUAAACAAUCUAGAACUAAUUGCUCCCAAAAUUAAGUCAGAAACAGAAAUGGACAAAUCUCCUCUCAAAGACCCUUUGAGCUCUGUUUGUGUAAAGAAUACACACCAAGUCACAAAGGAGCAGAACGACCCGGCUGGCACAUCAAUACCAGCUGCAAACAGUGACAGUCUUGCUCGUAGCCGUCAAAAGCGGACAAGAAAUGAACAGGGAAUAUUUAAACCAAACCAAACCGAAAUCCUGCAAGAGAAUCCAGCACAAACAAAUGGAACUGCAUGUAGAAGAGGUAGAAAAGUUACUUUUGAACCCGAAGAAGCCAGUUCCAAAGUGGUUGGAAGGAAAAGGAGUUUACCUGGGGAUGACAAAGGAAUGACUUACAAAGAUGGUCAACCUGAGACUUCAGAAAAUCCUUUACAAGUAAGGAGGAGCAGAAGAAAGCUGGUUGAUUCCGUGCCACACAUAGCUUCUUCUACCUCAGUGGAAAAACAAACAUUAAUUGCAGAUCAUAGUAAAGACGAGGCUUUUGAAAAGGAGCAAGAUUCAGCUUCAGAAGCUACUCACUCUUCAGCAGAAGACAAUCCACGGAGACGAGGGCAAAGACGAGAGGUUGCUGCAGCAUCACAAACAUCUAGAUCUCUUUCUAUGAGAAAAAGACAUGGAUUGCUGGAAGGUGAUGAUAAAAAGACGGCUGUGAGAGAAGAUCAAAAUCCAGCUUUGGGAAAUGAAACUUUGCAGGGAAAAGCAAAUGCAUCAGCAAGGGACAAAAGGAAAAAGAUUGAUCUUGCAGCAGAGGCAAAAAGUUCAUCUUCUCUCCAGAGAAAAUGUGGCUUGUCAGAAACUGAUGAUAAAGAGGAGAGUGCUAAUGAAGAACAGAACACGCCUUUGGAAACAGUGUCCUGUGCAAAAGAGAAGACAUUAGGAAGGGGCAGAAGGAAAGCGACUGCUCUGGCAUCACACACAACUAAUUACAUUUCUCUUAGAGGAAAACGCGGUUUGCCAGCAGAUAAUGGUAAAGAAGAAGCCCCUAAAGAAGAUCAAAGUGUUCCAUUACAAACUUCUGAUUUAUCCGUAAAAGAAAAUCAACGGAGAACAGGCACAAGGAAAGAAAUGGCAGUCUUGUUAGAAGACAUGAAUUCUACUUCUAUUCAGGCAAAACAGGGCUCAUCAAAAGAAAGUGGUGGAAAGAAUAAUUAUGGGGAAGAAGAAAAGCUGAUUUUGGAAAAUUCUACUUCCCAGGAAGAAAUGGAUCUUUCGAAAGGGAACUCGAGGAAAACAAUCACUUCACUGGCUGUUGGUUCCACCUCGCUUCAGGGUUUGCCAGAAGAUACUAAGAAGGAAACACCUGAAGAACAGCAGAGUAAACUUUUGAACAUAGCUCCAUCUGCAAAAGAAAAUCCAUCAAGAGUGGGCAGAAAGAAAACCAUUUCCUCCAAAUCUGAAGAAACUAGUUACACUUCUCUCAGGGAAAAACCUAAAGAUAGCGGUCAAAAGAGAAUUCUUAAAGAAGAUACAUCUCUAGAAAAUAAUUCAUCCCAGGAAAAAACAAGGCAACUGAGGAAUAGAAGGAUAAAGGUAGAAUUCUCAUCGGAGGCAGCUACUUCUACUUCUAGCCAAAAAAAUGACGACUUGUCAGAAAAUGGUAACACUUCAGAAACUCAGAAUGUGGGUUUGACGUCCACUGGUUCCAAAAAAAAUAAUCGGUCUGGGAAAGGAAAAGAGGUUAACGCUAUACAACAGGAAACUUCCACUUCUCGCAGAAGAAGAUGUCAGUUGUCAGCAGAUGAUUUACCAUCCAAAAAAUCAAAAUCAGUAGAGAAUGAUGAAAAUAGAUCGCUACAAAGAGGAAAAAGAAACAAAACUAAAGAAGAACUUGGCAAAGAGGACGUAAGGGCUGCUCGGACUGCCGAAGGGACGGACAGGAAGACAAGAUCAAGCUCAAGAACAAGUGCAAGAACAAGAAAAUAGUCUAAGCAGUCACAAAACCGGUUUUUAAAUCAAUUCAGUAAUUGAAAUUGCAGGUUUUUAAUGUGAAUUGAUUUGCACUCAGAUUUUUAAACUCAGAUGUUGUAAAGCAAUUACUACAUUAUGAUUGCAAAAUAGAUUUCGUAAUGUGUUUACAGAUAGAGCGUAUAUACGUAUUUUAAUACAUUUGUCUGUGUAGUGGGUUCUAAACCAUGUGGUGCUUGUGCAAAGCUGCAAACAUAAAAAUAAUAAAUCUUUUUGUAACAGUAUUUAUCCCUCUUUUUCUGUUAAUCAGUACAGCAGUCAGGAAGCCAUAUUGCUUUACUGCCACUUUAAUUGUAAGCUAUUUUCUGCUUAAAUUUUCGUGUGCUUAAAUCUUUUUUUUUUAUUGCAGUUCUGUAAAUAUUCUUUUAAAAAACAAUAGAUGAAUUAGCAGAACU